ACUUGACGACCAGUCAGGGAGAGAGAGGAGAGGGAGAACAAGCGAAUGAGAGAGGAGGCUGGUGAGCAGCGCCUUCCACUGUUCCUACGGAUUGUACUUCAACUGGAGUUUGCGGUUUGGCAGGUUUAAAUAUAUCAAAACGGAACAAAGAGAAAGACUCCUCACUGCUAUAAAAGAAGAGAGAAAAGAAUAAAGCGCGGGAGAAAUCUGACUGAAUUACAAAAGGACUCGACCGCUCAUGGGUUGUUGUUUUUUUAACAUCCAAAGGGAACAUAAACUGGGACUCUGUGGACACUUUGCAAGGCUGUUUAUUUAUUUAUUUUUUUCUGAUCACCAAAAGUUUGUAUGGGACAACGCUUGUUUUUCCAUUCACAAUUGAAUUUUAAUGUCCACAUUUUCACCCGCCAAACUGCUCACACGGACCGCACAUGGUUUAAGAGGACUUUUGAGAAAAAGGAGUUUGUAUUCGUCCAUCUCCACGCUCAGCUGGCCCGAAUGCUGUAAAUGCAUGCGGAUUUUAUUCAGUUUUCCGCAACCAUCUUUUUGGCGUAUUUACGCAUGCACGUGUGGUGUGUGGCAAGCCAUACUUUUUGAACUUUGAAUAAUUCAUGAGAUAUAAUUUGCCGAGAAGAAAGAAGUGACUGUAGAAAGGGAGGGGGCUAGCCACAACAUAUUCAUAAGGCUUGACGGAAUGGCCACCGCGGCUUCCAAUCCAUAUCUGGGCAGCAAUAGCAUCUUAUCGUCCGGCUCCAUCGUGCACUCUGACUCGGGAGGCGGUGGCAUGCAGCCGGGCAGUGCUGCUGUCACCUCGGGCUCUGGGGGCUACAGAGGAGACCCUUCGAUUAAGAUGGUGCAAAGUGACUUUAUGCAAGGCGCAAUGGCAGCGAGCAACGGGGGUCACAUGCUGAGCCAUGCCCACCAGUGGGUGACCUCUCUCCCGCACGCCGCCGCCGCAGCAGCAGCCGCCGCGGUGGCCGCAGCCGAAGCCGGCGCCCCCUGGUCGUCGAGCCCGGUCGGCAUGACGGCUAGUCCGCAGCAGCAAGACGUGAAAAACUCCGCCAGAGACGACCUGCACACGGGCACGGCGCUUCACCACCGGCCGCCGGUGCCGCCUCACUUAGCGCCCCACCAGACGCACGCCGGGGCUUGGGGCAGCAGCACUGCAGCGCACAUGAACUCCAUAUCCGGUGGGCAGCAGCAGCAGCAGCAGCAGCAGCAGCAGUCGCUCAUCUACUCCCAGCCGGGCGGCUUCACUGUGAACGGCAUGCUCAGCCCCGGCAGCCAGAGCCUGGUGCACCCCGGCUUGGUGAGGGGCGACACCCCGGAUCUGGACCACGGCAGCCACCACCACCACCACCACCAGCAUCAUCCCCACCACCAGCACCACGGCGGCGUCAACAGCCACGACCCACACUCAGACGACGACACGCCGACCUCUGACGACCUGGAGCAGUUCGCCAAGCAGUUCAAGCAGCGGAGGAUCAAACUGGGCUUCACGCAGGCGGACGUGGGCCUGGCGCUGGGCACGCUCUACGGCAACGUCUUCUCCCAGACGACCAUCUGCAGAUUCGAGGCUCUGCAGCUCAGUUUCAAGAACAUGUGCAAGCUCAAGCCGCUGCUGAACAAGUGGCUGGAGGAGGCCGACUCGUCCACCGGCAGCCCCACCAGCAUCGACAAGAUCGCCGCGCAGGGGAGGAAGAGAAAGAAGCGCACGUCCAUCGAGGUGAGCGUCAAGGGAGCCCUGGAGAGCCACUUCCUCAAGUGUCCCAAGCCCUCGGCCCAGGAAAUCGGCACCCUGGCGGACAACCUGCAGCUGGAGAAGGAGGUGGUCAGAGUGUGGUUUUGCAAUAGGAGACAGAAGGAAAAGCGGAUGACGCCCCCGGGAGUGGCGCAGACGCCGGAGGAUGUGUACUCUCAGGUCGGCAAUGGGCAUUUUUUAGUAGAUUACUUAAAAGAUGCAAGUGAGGCGAGCGACCAGAGGGUGACAACCACAAGUUCAUUCCACCAGGUAAUUUUGGCGCAUUGAGGACACACCAAGAGACCCCCCACCCCCCCCCCCCCCCCAACACACACCCCACACCGCCAUCACCAAGUGUUGUUUUGAUGCCCCCCACCCACCCUCCAAAACAACGACCACUGUCCUGUAUGGGAUCGAGACAAAGGGCCAAGCUUUUUUUUGUGUGUAUACAUUUAAACAUGGGACUGUCCCGCUUUAACAACAGUAGGAGAACGAGAUCCACCAAGCUUCCUUGUUGUAUUUGUCAUUCACAUUCGAAGGAUCAGGGAUUGUUUUUUCCACGACAAAAAAAAACAAAAAAAGACAGAAAGUGGACUGCUCCCCAAAACCCGCCUGAUCUCAAAGAUCAUUUUCCUUUCACGUGGCAUUUAUUUUCUUAUUAUUUAAAGGACGCUGACGUCGUUGUGGAUUCUUCUUCUCCCCGUUUAUAUUUCAGCAAAUAGAGACAUUUGUCAAAGACUUCAGCUGCACUUAUUUGAGGAGCCGGGGGGGGGGGGGGGGGGGGGGGGGGGGGGGGACAUCUAAAAAUGUUUUGCCAAGUGUGACUGAGUGGGUGCUGUGGACAUAUUAUUAAUGCUGCCCUUUCUAAGCAGUAUUCUUUGGUAGGUUUUAAUAAACAACUGUGUAAAGCCGGCAAUAUAGAUCACGAGAUCAGAUACUGAUCUGAAUUAUUUACUUUUUAUUUUGAUUUGUUUUAAUAUUUUAUUCGGAAUACCUAUGAAUUAUUCCAAACGGUAAUUUAUUUUCCCCCCAUGGACUUGUGUGAGACGCUUUCUUGUUAUAUUUUCUCUUUCUCGUUUCUUUCUCUCUCUUUUUUUUUUUUUUUAAUUCUGGAGGAGCACAAAUCAUCACAAGCUGCCGUUGUUGGUAUAUUUUGAUGUGAUUAUUUGAUUGUAAUUUAAUUUCAGUAGUGGUUCCGUACGAGCUGAUUGAGACACAAUAAAUUUGUUAGAAUGAAA